AUGCUAGUUGAGACCGAGUCUUCCGAGUCCCUCGGGUCUCUUGUACCUCGAGACCUGAAUACCUGCACUGGGAUAAAGCAGUGGUAUGUCUGCACGGCAGGCAACUUUCGUGGAUGCUGCUCGAGUGAUCCAUUCGUCAACACUCUCGUUGACGACCGCUGGGUUCAUUGGUUUGUUGCCAAACGUGACGCCGAGAACCACCACUACGUCCUCCAUUUCCACUUCAACGGAGUCAACCACCGUCUUGUCAACGGGUCUGUCUACGGUGACACCUGUACCUUCCCCGACAGCGUCCUCUGUCACUUCGGAAACAUCAGCAGGUUCGAAGACACCCCCAGUAAAACCCACGACUUCAAAAGCUUUCACAAGUUACACAAGCCCACGGCUAUAGGAGCUACUGGUACUACUGCGCCUUCACCCAGUACUUCGUCUAACACGCCAGGUGCCGCAUCUUCAAACCUGGGCGCAAUCAUCGGCGGUGUUGUUGGUGGGGUUGCAGUUUUGAUCAUAUGUGCCAUUCUGCUCUUCUGUUGCUGUCGCCACAAGAGAAAAUAUGGGAAGCGUGAGAAGGGGUCAACACUCGUCUCAUGGUACUCAAAUGGAUUCACGCGGAAAGAUCGCGCAACUGCGUCCAAAUCGAAAGGGCCUCUAUCCCCAUCAGACAGCGAAGCAAAUAACACAUCGAGCGCUGUCUCCCCAUUCACUAUUGAUAACACACGGGCAAGCACGAUUCUUACCCCAGACCUAACAUUGGUGUCAUCGUCAACAAGCCUUAUCUCACACUCUCCUCUCAACACACCACCAGUUCCGCCAACCAAAGUACACUCAAACGAACUCUUCGCUUCAGUCCCUCCCCGCCAAGGAUUUACCCCAGAGCUGCAAGACACGGGCUUCCAUCGCCUCCGCGCUGAACUAGCCUCCCACUCACAAAGCGAGCUGAUCAAUGUACCCAUGGAGCACCGACAGCGACAGCAGAGUCAUAUCAAGUCGAGGCCUGGUCCGCGGGCUUGGGAAUCGCCUGCCUUGGCGCCUAUGGUUAGCCCGUAUGCAAGCCCUAGAACGGGAACCGACAACGGCAGCCACCACAGCCACAGCAAUAGUAACGGGGGUAGUCCGGCGAGAAACCCAGCUGGGCGGGUCAUUACUGCCGAGGGAGUUGUCCUAGGUGCGAAUCUUGAUCGAUACUCUAAUGGUAUGGAAAUCGGAGAGUCCCAGGCUCAGGGGGAAAGGGGAAGGAAGGCUGAGCGUGGUGAGACAGAUCAUGUUAUGAGUUUCAUGCAGUAUGGUGGGAGGUCGGAGGAUCGAGGUUUAGGGAACGGGCUUGGAAUCACGACAGAUGGCCAUACUUCCAGUCACCAGGGACGCAGAAGCAGUGCGUCCAGGUCGAGACCUAAGCCCGCGGAGCGCAGUUUAGAAUAUGAUAUUGCGGCUGCGGAGGGUCAUGCUGACAUCCCGCCUGCUUAUCAGGCAGAAGAAGGGGCUCCUGGAAGGGAUACUAAGUCUCCAUCUGGGACAAUGGGCAUGAGCCUGAGAGGGGUUUGA